UUUUGAUCUUUUUCCAUCUCCUAAGGUUAUUUACAUUACAUUAGUACCAAGGUAAUAAAAGAAAUCUAGUAUAUAAUUAAUAUUGACAGCGUUUUGAUGCAUAAGCAAUCUAAGAUUCCUGUAAGUUAUUAAACAUUUUGUGAUUGCUGGAAAAGGGGUGUAUAAACUAUCAGACAACUAUAUUUAUCACAUUCAAACUAUGCCUACUGAUAAAGAAAUUUUCAUUGUCACGUCACAAAGAGUAAUGUAUAUUACUCGGAGUUACUGGACUGACUCUUAUAAAAUACAGUGGGAGUAUGUUUGGUCAGCUAUGACUAGGCAUCCAAAAAUAAAACAAAAUGGAAUAUCACUCUAUGGAAAACAUAAUGACAAUUUACGUCGUUGGUGGUGUUUCAAAGUUAAGCAGUCUAAUGUUAGAUUAAUUUUGAUAUCAGACCCUGAAUUAUGCUCUUGGAUAGUUGAUAAAAUUAGUGAGCUUAUGGAAAGUGAUGAUCCAGAUAUGAAGUCCACUCAAUCUUCUAAUGUAUCACUUAUCAACAGUUUAGAUGAUUAAACAUUAAACAAUAAUUAUCUCUCAGCUUAUUUCUCACACUUUAAAUGCAUAUAUUUUUAUUCUACUAUAUUUCUAUUGUGUAUAAACAAACUAAAAUGAACCAAUAUUGUCAAUUUAUGAAAAUCUGUGAUGUAUUGAGCUUAUUUUUUUUAUUAUUGAUCAUAAAAAAGAGUAAUAAUGGUUAAAUGGUUUGUAUUAGUUUAUAACAUAUAUUUUUUAAAUUUUAUGUUUGUCCGUUUUUUAUAUUAUAUUGUUGUGUUAUCUAUAGGAGUAAGUUUGUUAAAUAUUUUUUUUACGCCACAUCCAUGAGAUUGUUUAAUUAUUUUUUUCAUUACAUAAAUGUUAUACUUAAUAUUUUAAUUGUUGAUCUGUAAAGACCAUAUUUAUAUUUCAUUACUUAUAUCUUUUACUUAAUUUUAUAUUGUUUAAUUUUUAAUUUUUAUAGUUUUUCCAUAUUUAUUAUUAAUAUUGUAUAAUAAAUUAACUUAUUUGUUGCUACAAAAUUAUACGAGUGUGAAUGUCAUAAAACUUUUAAAAUAUAUAAUAUAGUUAAAGCUGGGCACUAACUAGUUAGACAGUCAAAGUUAAGUUAGUUUUAAUUCAUAUUAACUUUGUUACUUGAAUAGUGGAAUUUGUGUAAAAUAAUCUAAUCUAACUUGUUAAAAAUAAUAAGUAAUUAGUUUUUUUUAAUUUAUUGAAUUUUUGAAUUUUAUAUUUUGUUUAACUUUCUAUAUUUUAAUGACUGAUAUUCCAAGAAAUUAAGAUUAUUACCUACCUAUUUGAAACAUUUAAUCAAAUUCUCAGUUGACAGUUGUACAAUUUAAUUGUUUAUUCAUCACCAAUA